AUGGCCGUCUAUGCCCUCACGGGCUUCUCGCUCGUCAGCCUGCUCAGCUUUGGCUAUUUGUCCUGGGACUGGAUGAAGCCCAGUUUGGUGGCUGAUGUGGCCACAGACCCCAUGGAGAAAUCACCGCCUCCCACCUUCACCAGGCCACCCCACAUCAUCUUCAUUCUGACCGACGACCAGGGCUACCACGACAUCGGCUAUCACGGCUCAGAUAUCCAGACACCGACGCUGGACAGGCUGGCGGCAGAAGGUGUGAAGCUGGAGAACUACUACAUCCAGCCCAUCUGCACCCCGUCCCGGAGCCAGCUGAUAACUGGCAGGUACCAGAUCCACACAGGAUUGCAGCACUCCAUCAUCCGCCCUCGGCAGCCCAACUGCCUGCCCCUGGACCAGGUCACCCUGCCGCAGAAGCUGCAGGAGGCCGGCUACUCCACGCACAUGGUGGGCAAGUGGCACCUGGGCUUCUACAAGAAGGAGUGCCUGCCCACUCGCCGGGGCUUCGACACCUUCCUGGGCUCCCUGACAGGCAACGUGGAUUACUACACCUACGACAACUGCGACGGGCCCGACGUCUGCGGCUACGACCUGCACGAGGGGGAGGACGUGGCGUGGGACCAGAGCGGGAAAUAUUCCACCUUCCUCUACGCCCAGCGAGUCAGCAAGAUCCUGGCAUCCCACAGCCCCAAGGAGCCCAUCUUCAUCUACGUGGCCUUCCAAGCGGUGCACACGCCCCUGCAGUCCCCCAAGGAGUACAUCUACCGCUACCGCUCCAUGGGCAACGUCGCCCGCCGCAAGUACGCGGCCAUGGUCACCUGCAUGGACGAGGCGGUCAAGAACAUCACCUGGGCCCUCAAGAAGUAUGGGUACUAUGACAACAGUGUGAUCGUGUUCUCCACGGAUAAUGGUGGGCAGACCUUCUCCGGGGGAAGCAACUGGCCGCUGCGGGGUCGCAAAGGGACGUACUGGGAAGGAGGAGUGCGGGGCAUUGGUUUUGUGCACAGUCCCCUGAUCAAGCGCAAGCGUCGGACAAGCUGGGCGCUGGUUCACAUUACAGACUGGUACCCUACUCUGGUCAGCCUGGCCAGGGGCAACCUGAGCAAUGUCCAAGGCUUGGAUGGCUACGAUGUCUGGCCUGCUAUCAGUGAGGGUAAGGAAUCGGCACGCACCGAAAUCCUGCACAACAUUGACCCCUUGUACAACCAUGCCAAGUACGGCUCCUUGGAGGACGGCUUUGGCAUCUGGAACACGGCUGUGCAAGCUUCCAUCCGGGUUGGGGAGUGGAAGCUCCUCACUGGCGACCCAGGGUACAGCGACUGGAUACCCCCACAGACCCUGACCAACUUCCCAGGGAGCUGGUGGAACCUGGAGCGUCUCACCGAUGGCCCCAGGAAGUCCGUGUGGCUCUUCAACAUCACCGCUGACCCCUACGAGCGCUACGACCUCUCAGAGCAGCGGCCAGACGUGGUCAGGAGCCUCCUGCUGAGGCUGGUGCACUACAACCGCACGGCCAUCCCGGUGCGCUACCCUGCCGAGAACCCCCGCGCUCACCCCGACUUCAACGGCGGCGCCUGGGGACCGUGGGCCACUGAGGAUGAGGGGGAGGAGUGGGAAGGAGGCCGGGAGUCCCUGAAAGGCAGGAACAAGAAGAAGAAGAAGAAGUGCAAGAUCUGCAAGCUGCGCUCCUUCUUCCGCAAGCUGAACACCAGGCUCAUGUCCAACCGCAUCUGACAGGACACUCCCCCAGCAUCCACCCGUCCUGGCCAGGGUGGAGCUCUGGACUGCAGUGCCAUGGGAUGGGAGUGAGGGAGAAGGACAGGCAGGGAGGUGGCCAGUGCUCUCUUGCUCUCCUUUGUUCCAGGGUUCACUCCAAAACACUUCUCCUCCCUGGCUGGAGUGGUGGCCACAGGGAGCUGCUCCCAGUGGGUGAGGAAGGGUGAUGUGGUCUCUGCUGUGGUGCUUGG